ACAACAACAACAACAAUAACAUGAAGAGGAUCCGCCGGGGCUUCAUCGACACCCUGCGGCUCCACGUCCGGGGCGGGGCGGGGGGCAACGGUCUGCCCCGCCUGGGUGGAGUGGGGGGGCGGGGCGGAGAUGUCUAUGUGGAGGGCAAGGAAGGCCUGACACUGCUCAAAGUCCGCCAGAUUCAACCGGACAAGCGCUGGUGUGGCCGCAGUGGGGGUGACAGCCGCCGGACCAGGAUAUGCGGUGAAUUGGGAUCUGACCUGACCAUACCUGUCCCUCCCGGCACUACGGUGUGGCUGGACCAGGAGAGAGUCUUGGGCGACAUCAACCAAGCUGGCGACCGUGUGCUGGUAGCUCGUGGCGGCCUAGGAGGCAACCCACACACACAAUACUGUGGACACAAGGGCCAGGGUCACAUGAUCAAGUUGGAGCUCAAAUUGUUAGCGGACGUAGGCUUGGUAGGCUUCCCGAAUGCCGGCAAGUCAACUCUGCUGCGCGCCAUAUCGAACGCCAAGCCCAAGGUUGCCAGCUACCCCUUCACUACCCUCAAACCUACCCUGGGCAUCACUGAAUUCCCCGACGGUCGGCGCAUAACCAUCGCUGACCUGCCAGGCCUUAUCGAGGGGGCAUGGGCCAACGUGGGCAUGGGUCACUGCUUCCUCCGACACGUGGAGCGGACACGGUUGUUGCUGUUUGUGGUUGACGUCAAUGGGUUCCGGUUGUCACCCAAACACCCAUAUCGGUCUGCUGCCGAGAAUGUGCUGCUUUUGAAUAGGGAACUUGAGCUGUACAAGGCUGACCUCUUGACCAAACCAGCCCUUCUGAUGGUCAACAAGAUGGACUGUCUGGGUGCUGAGAGCAGACUUGAGGCCCUUAUGAGUGACCUGAACAGAAUUGAUGAGGUCAGCCGUAACUUCCCUGAGGAGUGGCGACCCCAGCAACACGUGACCUUUGCUGACAUCCUGCCCUGCUCUGCCAAGGAAAACCAGCCCAGUGUUAUGCAUCUCAGGGACAGGCUGCGGACCUUCCUUGACCUGCACGAAGACCUAGAGGCAGGCCGGGAGGAGCAGGAGGAGCAGGCCAUGAGGAGAGUCCGUGGCCUACUCACUGAUGGGGCAGGCCGGACGCGACUCCUAUAGAUUAAGAUAAUGUAUGCAAGUUACAAGGCUGUUUAUCCCUUGAGCUGAGAGGAAGACCAGUGUGUACUGUCAGGACUCACACACACACACACACACACACACACACACACACACACACACACACACACACUCACACACAC